UCAUCUCCAAAUAGGAUGACCGUCGGCUUUUGUGGAAGGUACUGCGCUCGUGCUCCGUAGCUAGUUCUGGGACACCCCGGGUUGCUUUCCAUCCGUUCAGCUCCAGCUUGGGUUGCAGCAAAGCCAGACACGUCGGGUUUAUUCUUUCUCUAGUUUUGGAUUUCCGAUGGAUAUUCCUAUCUGAAGAGGUGUGAUUUGAGCGCGGCAUGUAACAGAAAGAGGCGCAGGAGAAAAGUAGCGCUCGUAUUGUUGUUGUGAAACGUCUGAACUGCUUUAAAGAGCCGCGUCUCAUGGAUUACUAAAGGACAGAGCUGUGCAUCCACUAUACCGAGGUGGAUCCAUUCAUGAGCUGAAGGCUGAGGAAAAUCUGUAGCAGAGGACCAGCAGCAGCGGCAGCAGCAGUGUUGGUGCGACCAUGAGGUCAGAGGCCUUGUUACUCUACUUCACGCUACUGCAAAUAGCCGGGGCGGGCUUCCCCGAAGACAGCGAGCCCAUUAGCAUCUCACACGGCAACUACACAAAGCAGUAUCCAGCAUUUGUAGGCCACAAACCUGGCAGGAACAACACACAGCGGCACAAACUGGACAUCCAGCUCAUAAUGAUCAUGAACAGGACGAUAUACAUUGCUGCCAGGGAUCACAUAUACACGGUGGACACAGACACUGCCAACGGUGACGAGAUCUUUUUCAGUAAGAAAAUGACAUGGAAGUCCAGACAGGCAGACGUGGACACUUGCAGAAUGAAAGGGAAACACAAGGAUGAGUGUCACAAUUUCAUCAAAGUUCUCCUGCAGCAAAAUGAUGACACUUUGUUUGUUUGUGGAACAAAUGCUUUCAACCCUUCCUGCCGAACGUACAAGAUGGACACCUUGGAGGCUCUGGGAGAGGAGAUCAGUGGGAUGGCUCGCUGUCCAUAUGACGCCAAGCAUGCCAACGUUGCCCUCUUUGCUGAUGGCAAGCUGUACUCGGCCACCGUAACAGACUUUCUAGCGAUCGAUGCGGUCAUCUAUCGCAGCCUAGGAGACAGCCCGACUCUGCGAACUGUCAAACACGACUCCAAGUGGCUGAAAGAGCCCUACUUUGUCCAGGCAGUCGAUUAUGGGGACUUCAUCUACUUCUUCUUUCGGGAAAUUGCAAUGGAGUACAACACAAUGGGAAAGGUGGUGUUUCCUCGAGUGGCCAGGGUCUGUAAGAACGACAGAGGGGGCUCACCUCGUGUCUUGGAGAAGCAGUGGACCUCCUUCCUCAAGUCUCGGAUGAACUGCUCCAUUCCCGGCGACUCCCACUUCUACUUCAACAUCCUGCAGGCCGUGACAGACGUCAUCCACAUCAACGGGAGGGACGUUGUGAUGGCAACUUUCUCCACACCUUACAACAGUAUUCCAGGCUCGGCUGUGUGCGCCUAUGACAUGGAGGAGGUGGCCAACACGUUCACGGGGCGUUUCAAAGAGCAGAAAUCCCCAGAUUCCACCUGGACACCUUUUCCUGAGGAGAAGGUUCCCAAGCCAAGACCUGGCAACUGUGCCGGCACUCCAACCAUGGAGAGGUACAAAGUAUCCAACGAGUUCCCCGACGACACACUCAACUUCAUCAAGAUGCAUCCGCUGAUGGACGAGGCCGUGCCCUCCAUCGCUAAUAGGCCCUGGUUCCUCAAGACCAUGGUCCGGUAUCGUCUGACACGCAUUGUCGUGGACAGUGAGGCAGGUCCCCACAAGAACAACACAGUGGUCUUCCUGGGAUCUGAGAAAGGCAUUAUCCUCAAGUUCCUGGCCAAGAUGAACAAUGGCUUCCUCAACGAUAGCCUGUUCCUGGAAGAGGUCAACGUCUACAACCCUGACAAGUGCAGUAUAGAUGGUGUGGAGGACAAGCGGAUCAUUGGCAUGCAGAUAGAAAGCAAGAGUCAUUCUUUGUGGGUUGCGUUCACCUCCUGUGUGGUUAAAGUGCCACUGUCUCGCUGUGAAAGACAUGGAAGAUGCAAGAAGUCCUGUAUAGCCUCCAGAGACCCGUACUGUGGUUGGGUGUCAGAAGGAGCCUGCAGACAGGUGGUUGGCAACAUAAAAUCAGCCUUUGAGCAGGACGUGGAACAUGGCAACACAGAUGGCCUGGGAGACUGCCAAAAUACCUUUGUGGCACUGAACGGUGUGAUCCGUGAGAGCUACCAGAAGGGUCGUGACCAGCUGGUUCCAGUGACCUUGUUGGCCAUUGCUGUCAUCCUAGCAUUUGCCAUGGGUGCCAUCUUCUCUGGCAUCAUUGUCUACUGUGUCUGCGACCACAGGCGGCGAGACAUGGACCUAACAGGCCGCAAGGAAAAGGACAGCCACCACCUCCACUCCCGCAGGGGAUCAAUGAACAGUGUGACUAAGCUGACGGGCCUGUUUGAGACCCAGGCCAAAGAUGGCCGCCCUGAGGCGAUCCUCACCCCUUUGAUGCACAACGGGAGAAUGACACCAAAUGGGAAGAUGCUGAUAAAAGCGGACCAGCACCACCUGGACCUAGCUGCUCUACCAACGCCUGAAUCCACCCCCAUGCAGCCACGUCGUAAGCCCAGUCGUGGCAGCCGUGAGUGGGAAAGAAACCAGAACCUCAUUAACGCCUGCACCAAGGACAUGCCACAUAUGGGCUCCCCAGUUAUAUCUACAGACCUGCCUCUGAGGGCGUCACCAGGUCACAUCCCCAGUGUGGUGGUCCUGCCUCUGCCACAGCAUCAGCACCAGCUCCAGCCUCAUCUGCAGCCACACCAGCACUCCUACCAGCACGAAUAUGUGGAGCAGCCACACCACAGUGACAUGAGCAUGGGCCACAGUGUCAUGGAUGACCAGGGGGCCACCCUGGAGUACAAGACAGUGAAGAGCCCAUGUCACAACCUCAACAUGGUGGAUCCAGAUGGGGGGCUGCCGCCUCGCGUGCCCCAAAGAGAGGCUUCUCUCACCAUCCCCCCAGCCGUCCCACAGAUGGGCAAACGUCUGGAGGUCCACUCGUCAGUCUACGGUCUCCGAAAAGGAUCAGCGUCUGCUGCUUCCGGGUCCUCCGCCCUCAAGAAGCACAACACCAACUCCUCUAACUCCUCCCAUUUGGCGAGACAUCACAGCUUCAACCGUGUGGAGACUCCGCCGCCUGCACCUCAGAGGGUGGACUCCAUACAAAUGACAGCACAGGGAAUAUCUCUGUCACGGCAGCCUGGAAUGAGCUCCUAUGGUUCACUGCCUCGAACGGGCAUCAAAUAUCUCAAGCCUGAUGUCCCUCCCAAACCCUCUGUAGUCUCUCUCUCAACAAAAGUCAAGUCCAGUGACUCCUGCACAUAGUCAGCUUCACCAGUCAGUCCAAUGUGAACAAACAGUAGAUAAAAGGUUUUUCUGAGAGAGAAAAAAACAGGGAAUACUGUACAACUUGCAUCUCCUUUUAGUGAUUUUUUUGUUUUUGGUGUAUAGUGAAAUAUACAACACCUUUUUGUUCUUUUUUUUAAGAAAGACUUUCUUUUUAUAUAAAUAUGUAAAUAUUAUACAAAUGGUUGUCGUCAUUUGUUGCCGUCACAGAGCUCAUGCUCUGGCUGGCUCCCAGUUCCUCUGUUAACACAUAUGGGAACAUGUGCUACUGAAACAGAAGAUGAUGUUCGUCCUGAAUAUUUCAUCCAACGGCACCCUGUAGCAUCCAAGACUUGUGGUUCUCUUUUUUGUGGUGUCUUUGGCCGUAGGGACGCGACACGACGCUUCAUCAUGCUGGUAAAAGCACAUAAGAAGACAGCGCGGGGAGAUGGGAGAAUAAUCGUUGUACAGUACCUUGAGGACUGGGGGAAUCUGAGUGAGCAGGCACUCAGAGGGACUGAAGGACAGACAGCUGCCUGAGUUCUGUCGCAAACUGUGAAAAGCCUCUCAGUGUUACAGCCAUCAAGUCCUGCCUGGGUUAGACAGAAAGCCUGGGCCAGAAGAAUCCUCUACUGUACUGGUUACUGAAUAACACAUGACUGUUAAUACUAAUAGCUUGUUGUAUUUAUUUUUAUUAAGUGCUUUUGAAAAAACAAGACUGACUUUCGAGGCUCGGAGAGAGAUGGGACAGAGGAGAGAUCUUUUAAUAAUAAUUAAUCAAGUGUGACAAAAAAAAACGUUAUUUAAAGUCAUUAAACUGGAGCCAGUAGAACUUUCUUGAUGACUAAAGGUCCACUAGGUCUUACUGAGUGCUCAGUGGGACCUGCAGCUUGAGAUAUAUGUGAAGAGGAGGAUAUAUUUAUUUAAACAGUGCCAGACAGGGACAUUUAGCUUCAUGGACCAGAGUUUCCAUUGUUUUAGACCAAUCAUAAGAAAAAAAACAACAACUUCCUGAAUCUCACCAUGUCACUCCUCCAAUGAGCAACCCCCCUCAAUCAGCACUGUGGUUUUUGUGUGAGUCGGUAACGUUUGUCCUGAUUGGUUUCUGGCUUAAAGCUCACUGUUGCAUGUUGCAAAUAUAAAAUAACAGCUGCAGCAACAGUACGGGAUCUGCAUACACACAUAAGAAAAGAAGCUGCAAGUGAACGGAGUGCUGCCUCCGUCUUGGAACGUUAUCGUCUUGUCUACCAGUGUCACACACGAGCAGGCGAAAAAGGAAAGUAUAAAAACAUCUGUAUUGCCUGCUUCUUUUUCCACAUGUAAAUUUGUGCCUUACACCCUAAAGUAGUGACAAUGUCUUUCUUUACUAGCUGUUAACUUUGUCUCCUUGUAGUAUUUUUUAUUUUUCUUACGUCAUGAUAUUUCUCUGGUUUGAUAAAAAUGCAAUUAAAGAAUGUAGGUGUUAUUGUUGUAAUUCUGGUCCCUAGACAUAACACACGUACAGUUCAGAGGGCGGAGCGAAGGGAGGAUUUGCUUUCUUCUUUCACUCUUCCUCUCUGACACACACACUCAAACACACGCACAUGCAAAUACACACUCAUGCAUACACACUCAUCUUUGUGGUUCAUUUCUGAUUGUGCCAUUAAUGCGCUUAAAAAAAAACCUUUAUGUUGUGCUGGCAGUGUUGAUGAUGACGUCGUGAGUGUUUUUUGAUUUUCUAUUUUAUACAAUUUAAGAGUCCUGGUAUUUGUUUUUACUUUUUUUCUGCUGUCUCUUUGUUUGGACUGACGGUUAAUUGACUGAUUAACUCAAUUAACAUUUGUUACUUGAGAAGGCAAAUGUACGUGUAUCUUUCUAGCGCACUGCAAUAAUAAUGCAACGACAACAUGAUAGCGGACGUACAGGAUGAGAUACUAACACAGUUUUUGGCUUCUCGUGUGCAUCGUAACACUUAUUUGUUAGACAGUUGCAUAAGCAGGCUGGUUCCUGUGAAGAAAGUUGACAUUUUAAAAACAAUAUUGUUAAAAAUGUACCUAAUUUAACCCCCUUUUUUAAAAGACAAAACACAGUUUGAGAAAAUUAGAUAUGUUUUUAUUUUUUGCUUCACUAACUCUCAUUAUCAAGGCCUCAAGAACGGCUGAGAGUUCAACUAAUCCGACCUUUAUUUUCCUUUUGCGUCCUUUACUUGAGCAUUUUUAUUGCUCACCCCCCCACACCUAAAUCAAUGGAGCACCCCUUUAGUCGUGUAUGUGUAGAUAAGCAAAAGUUUUCUUGAUAUCAAGCAAUUUUCUGUUUCUCAACGGAAGAAAGCCAACUAUGUCUCAAUCCACAGCUAAUGUGAAAAAAGACAUGUGACCUGACUAACAUUCAGUAUGUGUAGAUAAAUGCCCCUUUAGAAACCCAGGGUCAAUUGAGACAGUUAUAGCCGUCAUAACUUCAAGCUAUGUUAUGAGUGCAAAUGACCCAGGAUUAGUAUGAAGGGGCGUGUUUACUUCAGAUUUUUAGAAUACCACUGCGUUGUCGACUGGUAACUGGGCACUAUGAGACCAUAUUUACACCCUCCGGAGUACUGAGGCGUGCAUAAACCAGCAACUUUCCCAGGCCUGAAAUAAUGCUGAUCUACAGCUAAAUAUUUCUUGUCCAGAAAAGUUCAGUUGUGUCGACUUCUCGCCUUGGAGAAUCUUCACGUCUGCAUAAAUUGUGAGCAAGAAAAUCUGUCCGGUGUUAAAAGGUUUAAACGUCCACACCCUGUGCAGAGGAGUGAGUUUACGUAGCUGUGGGUGCAUUUCAGAUUCUAAAAGCAUUUUGAUGUCAGAGUACAGUUUGGCCGUUUUAUACGACGGGAUUGGGUUUGACUGUGAAGGCUGCUGUGGACAGUGAGGUUCUUUGGUGUGUGCCUUUUUUCGUCUUUCACCCUCGUUAUGAUACACUGCGAUUAAAUGCAAAUCGACUCUCUUCUCGACUUCUCAACCUUUUGAACUUUGUAAGCUUGUAAGAUAUUGUGAUGUCACAAAGUUUUUUGCCCUACUCUCUCCACUUCCUUAACAUCUGAUUCACAGCUUAAUGUAUGUUGUAAAGACAAAAAACUCUUUAAUUUAAUGCAAAAUGUAAUUAAAAAAAGAAAAUAAAAUUCAUGUCAUGAA